AUGCGACUUCCUAUGACUUUACCAUCGCCGACGCGUUCGCAACGCAACACCGCACCGCCGCCCACAUGACCCUGCCCGGUGCCUUUCCGCCCGCCGGGCAUGCCGAUAUGACCACCACAGAUGCUUUGCCCGGCUCAAUGUCAACCGCCACGGCCAACACCGCCUGGACGCAGAACCCCUUCCUCCUCAGCCGUCAUCUGGUCUGGCGCUUGCGGCAGCGCGGCCUGCGCGUCGACAGGCCACACAUGCAGGCGGUCAUCAGCGCGUUCACGCGCUACGACGAACGCGUGUGGCUUCUGUUGCAGUGGGCGCGCCAGAUCGACCGCCAUGUCGGCCCGCAUGAGCGAAAGCGAGCGAUCCAACAGGCUCGCGCGCGCCCCGCGCCGCCUAACUGGAAUUGGAUGAGCGAGGAGUAUGAUCGACAGAGAGCGCUUGUGCCUGGCCUCGUGCUCAACGACGAAGCGCCCGCCAGCUCGACGGACAGUGGUAUCUCUUCACCGGGGAAGGGGGACACGCUGCACGAGGAUGUCAUCGAGAGUGUGGCGCGCCGCAUAUUCUGUAAACUCAUCAAGACGUGGGCACCAUCCCACGACGCUAGCCUGCUCGCCUUCGACCUCUGCAAAAUGCCCGAGACCUUGGACUUCUACAUCGACGACGAACUGCGCAACCGCGGCAACAGCAUGCGGCCCCCGGAUCGGCGCCUCGAGCUUUACAGCCAGCAGUGCGCCGCGUUGCAUGGUCGAUUGUGCGAAUUCAUAACCACCUCCGAGAUGCUGCAUCUCGUGCCAGAGUACUGCCCGAAUGCCGACGUCACGUCCUCUACCGAAGCAGACAUGGAAAAGAUGUACCAGGGCCUCGCGCACUGGGAACAAGGAACCCUGUUCCAGAGUAGCUCGUGGGACAUGGUGAGCACGCUGCACAAAGUUCUUCUCGUUGUGCUGAUCCUCCUCGGCGUUCCGAUGACAAAACAACAAGACUGAUCACAGAGCUCAACAAAGAGGAUGGACAAUGUCGAUACUGUUCAUGUGGCCACCUUUGACAGACGGAGAUGCCCCCAGAGUUGGACCAAGUCGUCUGGCUCAAGGAUGACGAGAUCAUCCACACUUUAGACGUUGGAUCCGCUGCCGGAUUUCUUCUGCCAGCUUCCGCAUGCGGUCGACAGCCGGACCUCUAUGCACAACAACGUCUUCACGAAUCAUCCGCCGCCAAGUCAAGGAUGUCUGACGCCAACGACUACGCGGGAUACAUGAGCGGCCUUCGUGCGGAGAGACUCGCGGUAGGAGAACGUUUGCAGUAUGUUAGAGAAUCGCCCCGAAAGGCCCAAUGCUACUGCUUCGAAGAUGAUUACUGUUGGACGGCAACACCCUCUGAACAUAUCUCGCUCAUAUUCUUUUUCACACGCGUACAUCGCGCUCGCCGUGGUCGGAGGAUCAAGAGCACUUGAAUGUUGCGCGCAAACUUGCAUAUUCUCUAAGACACGAGCCGCCAUUCGCAUCGAAUAGAUAGAUAGCUUAUACUGCGCAGAGUGGACGACGAGGUUUGAGGACCUUGGGUAUGUCAAGGCAGACCAUUAAGUAUAUCGAUGAAGAGUUACCAACGACGCCCGGAUUCAUCUUGACCCAUCA